AAAAUAAUCCAAAAUCUGUUUUAAAAACAAACACGCUUUUUCCUCUUUCUUCUCUAAAAAUAUAGUAAGUGGUUUCGUAUUCAGUUGAAAUUUAUCACUUAACGCGCUUAUUCUGUUAAAUCCAUUCCGAUUCUCAACACGUUCUACCAUAUCUAGUUACUCCGUUUCGCACUACAUUACAGCACUAACGUUACAACAAAAUAACCGAAAUUCCUUAUAUACCCUUUUUCCGUUUAAUAUAUUUCAAUAUAUAUUUUUCAAUUUUCACAUAAAUAAUUCACUCUACCAACGUUUUGAAAUAAUCGCUUUUCUCUUCAAUCUCUUCAAUCAUGUCAAAUCAACUCAACGGCGCUUACUACGGCCCUUCCAUCCCUCCGCCGCAACCCCACCGUCGCCACCGCAACGACUCCUCCUGCGGCUUCUGCAGCUGCCUCUGCGGCUGCUUCCGCGGCUGUUGCGGCUGCAUCUUCAACUGCAUCCUAAGCAUCAUCUGCAAAAUCCUAACCACAAUCAUCAUCAUCGCCGUCAUCCUCGGCUUCCUCGCCUGGCUCAUCGUCCGUCCUAACGUUAUCCACUUCACCGCCACCGAUGCUUCCCUUUCUCAGUUCAAUUUCACCAAAAACAACACUCUCAACUACGAUCUCGCCGUCAACAUCACCAUCCGAAACCCUAACCGAAGAGUCGGAGUCUAUUACGAUAGCAUCGAAACGGUUGCGUUUUAUAAAGAUGUUGCGUUUGGGAAUCAAACGCUAGGAGGAUUCUUUCAGCAUCAUAAGAGUACGAAUUUCUUGAAUCCUGUUUUCAAAGGUGAACAAGUGAUUCUGUUGAGUUCAGAUCAGGUUUCGGAUUUCGACAAAGAGAAGGAGAGUGGAGUUUAUGGAAUUGACGUGAAGAUUUUGAUGAAUGUGAGGUUUAAAUUGGGGUUGUUUAAGUCAGGGAAAGCGAAACCUAAAGUUCGUUGUGAUUUGCAGAUUCCUCUGAAAUCGGGGAAUGGGAGUUCUUUGAGUAAUGUGUUUCAGGUUACUGAAUGUGAUUGGGAUUACAAAUGGAGAUUGUUCCAUUAGAUCUAGUGUUCGAAUUUCAAAACCCUAAUUUUUCUUGUUUUGAUUGAGUUUUUUAGGCGUUUUACAUUUGGUAGGUUCUUCUUUGGAGGAUUGAUACUCCUUGAGGGUUUAUUAUGUUAUGGCUAUGAUUUUAUUUUGAUAUUAAUAUUGGUAUGGAUGGUGUUGAUCUAUUAGUUUUUUCUUUA